AUGUCCACAGCCCGCACGACUACGGCCGUCGAAGGCCAACCGGCGGUCCGGGUAGAGACCCUCAAGCCGCCCUCGCAGGCCAACCCGAAGGACUCGAUCAAGUCGACAUGGCGUCGUCAAAGCCGCUCAGAGUGGACCAUCUACCACUGGUUCUAUGAACUCUUGGGGAUCCAUCCCACGCAUCUCGACAAGCACAUUCCGGUCCACCAAAAGACGGACAAGGUGCCGCACAUGCACGAGCGUUCUCUGCACCGUUGGGUGCUCCUCCACGCCUUUGUUCCGAUUCUCCUGCAGCAUCUGUACGUCACCUGGACGGGACGGAACUUUACGGCCCUGCAAGCCUUCUUCUUUUACAGCACCGCGUUCAAGCUCAUCGCCAUCCACGAGCUGCACAUCCUCCGCCGGACCGGCCAUGAAACCGGCUUCCUAGACGGCGAUGCGCACGAGCGCGAUGGCGUUCCUGACGUCGGUGUGAAAAAGGUCGUGUAUUCGCUCAUCUCUACCUCGACCUUCCGGCCCAUCGCGACCGUCUUUCUCAGCUAUCGCUAUAGCCAAGCCCCCGCAGACAUGAACUGGCUCUGGCUGCCACUGGAGGCUGGCCUGUAUGGCAUCAUCCUCGACUUCUGGUUCUACUGGUACCACCGUCUGAUGCACGAGAUCGGCAGCCUCUGGCAAUACCACCGCACGCACCACCUCACCAAGCACCCGAACCCGCUGUUGACCUUGUACGCCGACACGGAGCAGGAGUUCUUCGACAUCCUCGGCAUUCCGCUGCUCACGUACUUCUCCAUGAAGGCCAUGGGCAUGCCCAUGGGCUUCUACGAGUGGUGGAUCUGCCAUCAGUACGUCGUCUUUGCCGAGGUUGCUGGCCAUAGCGGGCUGCGCAUCCACACGUCGCCGCCCAACACUCUGAGUCCGCUUCUGCGCUGGUUCAACUGUGAGCUCAUCAUCGAAGACCACGACUUGCAUCAUCGCAAGGGCUGGAAGAGCAGCGGGAACUACGGCAAGCAGACGCGCCUGUGGGACGUUGUUUUCGGCACCUGCAAGGAUCGCAUCGAGUGCCAGGAUGACAACAUUGACUGGGAAAACACCAUUUCCAUGCCAAUCUUUUAA